CGUAUAUUUUUUCAUCCGUUAAACUUUUACACCCCGGCCCCUUAAGGUCGAUCAUUCUACUAUAAAUUACUAGCUAAUUGCUAUAUAUAUACGAUAAUAAAAUUAAUGGAGAUCACUAUACUCUCAGCUCAAGGUCUUAAAAAGCCCACCAUCUUUUCAUCUCUCUUCUCUCAACAUCUCAAACCUUACAUCACCCUCACCACCACCCCUUCCUCCGCCGGUCAUCGGAGCCACAUGUACACCACCACGGUGGACCAUGAAGGUGGAGUGAAUCCCACUUGGGGUGAUAAGUUUGAUCUUUCUGAUGCUAUUAAUUAUGAUGCUAGUUUUUUUAACCAUAAUAAUAAAUAUUCAUGCAUAUAUCUUGAGAUGUAUACAAAUAGGGCGAUAUUGGGUCCAAGAUUUCUAGGGUGGUGUGGAAUCCCCGCGAGUGAUAUUGUGGAUGGGUUUUCGCCGGUGGGGACGGCAAGGCGAAUGAGUUAUAGGUUGAGGAAAAAAGAUGGUUCAAGGGGUCAUGGUGUUGUUAAUGUGAUGGUCAAGUUGGAUGGUUCGAUCUUCCAACGACAACAACAACAACAACGGAGGCCGGUGGAUUUUGAUCAUGUGCAACGGUUGCCGGAGAUGAGUUUUGGGCAGGUAGCCACUGGGAUUCCGGUCAAAGUGCUGCCGGCGGUUGGUAAUCUGCUAGGGAGUUCAAAUAGUGUUAAUCAUGUUAUGCGACAAAUAAGCUAGCACAUAUAUGUUUGAGAUUAACUUUUUAAGUCCUUUAGUUUAAACUAAAAGUUCGUAAAGUAUUAAAAGCUUUGUUUAGUUACAAAUGCCUCUUAAAAUUGCAGUUAUAACUAUCAUGCCAAACACUUUUUUAUAAUAAAAAUU